AUGAAUACCACUAUUAGCAAGCUACCACAAGAAUUCCACCUAUUGGCAUUUUCCAUAAGUGCAGAUUAUCAGCUUCUCCUGUUUUCUGGAGUAUUACUCAUCUACUCAUUGGCAAUAAUUGGCAAUGUUGCGAUCAUCAGCAUUGUGUGUUUUGUGUCCCAGUUACACACUCCAAUGUAUGCCUUCAUCUGCAACCUAUCAGUUCAGGACAUUCUGUAUGUCUCCGUCAUCCUGCCAAAGCUUUUGACCAUCACCAUAUCAGGUGAUCCCAGUAUUUCUGGCAUUUUUUGUAUUACUCAGGAGUAUUUGUUUACAUUUUGCAUUGAAACUGAAUUUCUGUUGCUGUCUUUCAUGUCUUACGACCGCUAUGUGGCCAUCUGUCUGCCUCUCCGGUAUUGCACCAUCAUGAACAAUAAGACCUGUGCUUUGCUGGCCUCAACUGCCUGGGUUAUUGCAGCUAUUGAUUCUUUGCAAUUAUCUUUAUUAAUAUCUGAUUCGUCAUUCUGCAAAUCUAAAGAAAUUAACCAUUUUUUCUGUGAUUUGAAAGCCAUACUAAAGCUUUCAUGCAGUGAUACAACCAAUAUAAAGAACAUGAUAUUUAUACAAGGAACAAUUAUAGGAGUUCUCCCUUUCCUACUGAUCUUGACCUCAUAUGCUAUAAUCAUAUGUAACAUUAUGCAGAUACGAACUUCAGCAGGGAAAGUUAAGGCCUUCUCCAGCUGCUCCUCUCAUCUGACUGUUGUUUUAUUGUUCUGUGGAACAUCUCUCAGUCUGUACAUGAUACCUGAGGCUACACACUCUGAAGAACAAGACAAGCUACUGUCAUUACUGUAUGUAGCAGUAGUACCAAUGUUGAAUCCACUGGUUUAUAGCCUGAGAAACAAAGAGGUUUUGACAGCUUUUAAAAACCUAUAUAUAUUUUUAAAAGGAAAACUUUCUAAUACUUGA